AUGCCGGGAGACCUGACGCCUCUGCAGUACGCGCCUCUUUCCAAAGGCGAGGCUCGCCUCCUCUACGCAACAUCAUCCGGCUCUGAAAUCGAGUGGACACUGAAACCGGCGCGACUGCUACGUGGUCCGGGCGAGCCUCCUCUCGAGUUCGACGCCCUCUCGUACACCUGGGGGGACUUCGAGCGCGCAGCUCUGCUCAGAAUCAAUGACGAGGCUCUGCAUGUCCAUCAUAACCUGAACGAAGCUCUUCCGUAUUUCGUUCCACGCCUGAACGGCAGGCCUAUUUGGAUUGAUGCGAUAUGCAUCAAUCAGCAAGGCGAUGAUGACAAGACACAACAGAUUGCCCUGAUGGCACACAUCUAUCGCCGAGCACAAGUAGUCUGGGCAUGGUUAGGCUACCACGAUGACGCUGUCCACAAGCUUCUUGACAAGAUUGUCGCUGUCGCGGCCCAGAUGACAGACGAUGGGACUCAAAUCCCGCGCUGGGAGCUGUCGCAGCUCGAGGGCGAGCCGACACCGAGCUGGUACAAGCGCCUCUGGGUGGUUCAGGAAGUACACAGCCGCUCAAACCAGUCCGAGCACCGUUGGAUACGCUAGCGUAGUAUUCCGUUUCGCUAGGCCUACUGUGCUAGGGCGGGUGAGGAUUCUUCUAAUUGGCGACAAAACAACCACCACAGCCGGAGGAAGUCCACCGUUUCCCAGUUUCGGCGGCAUUACCGGCGAGGUACAUUCUAGCCAUAGGCCAGAGUAAGGGAAUUCCUAGAUAGGGCUAAACGUGAU